AUGAAAUCAGAUAUCAAUGAGGUAGCUUUGCAAGGUAUUGAAUUUUGGUCAAACAUCUGCGAAGAGGAAAUCUCUCUGUCUGUUGAGGCGGAAGAAUGCCAGGAACAUGGUCGUAUUCCAGUGUAUGUCUCACGGCAUUAUGCUCGUGGCAAGUUCUUGCAUAUUUGGACUAUAUUUUUUGCUGUGGAACAUGAAAAUGCAGGAAAUUAG